GGUGCCUUGUAGUCGUCAGUCUCCAAAUCCAUUCUGGGAACCUCGUGAGGCAGGUGUAGGCAUCUCCAAGACAUGGAGCCGUCCAGUCUCCUCCGGGGCCGCUGGCCGUGAGAUAAGAUUAGCUGCUCGGGCGACCUAGCUCCAGGAACCCUUAAUUUUGGGGAUGCUUGGAGAGAAUGAGAAACAGCCGGGACAGGCUCCUGAGCCGUUACCGCAGGGCUGGAGGCAAUAUGGGAGAGAGAAAGCAGAAGGCUCUUCUUGUGCAGGAAGUGAUGGAAGAAGAGUGGAAGGCUUUGCAGUCAGUGGACAGUGCUCCGGCAGCGGUGGCUCAGUUGGAGGAGCUAAUGGAUCUGACUGUGCUGGAAGAAAUCCAACAAGAGUUGUUUGACCAAGAACAGUCCAUCAUUAGUGAGUAUGAAAAGAGUUUGCAGUUUGAUGAGAAGUGCUUCAACAUCAUACUGGCUGAGUGGGAAACAAAUCCCCUCAUUUGUCCUGUGUGUACAAAGUACAACCUGAGAAUAGCAAGUGGUGUGGUCAUGUGUCAGUGUGGCCUAUACAUCCCCUCUCAUUUGACAGAACAGAAACUUCGUACCUGUUUAGAGGACACUGUGAAUGAGCACAGUACACACUGUACUCACACACCUAAAUUUUCUCUCACUGAAGGAAUAGAAGAAAAACCUUGCCUUCUCAUGAGUUGUCUGGUUUGUGACACUUGGACUGUGAUCAUCUAGAGACAGCCCUGACUUACAACAGUCCACUGAGUUGAAAACAACUGGUUCCACCUGAGAAGGGCCUUGUUAAAACAAGAAAACAAACACUUAUAGACUUUGUUGGUUUUUGGGCCACAGCUGUGAUUACUCCUGGCUCUGCACUCAGCAAUAACUCCUCCUAGGGCUUAGGGCGCCUAUGUGUUACAGAGUAUCAAAACCAGAUUGGCUGCAUGUAGCACACACCUUACCGUCCCCAUAUACUUAUUUUGCAUUAAAAGUUCCCAAACUGGGGCCAGGGCAAUAGCACAGUGGGCAGGGUGCUUGCCUUGCACACAGUCAAUCCAGGUUCGAUGCCCAACACAGCCAGGAGUGAUCUUGAGCUCAGAGCCAGAAGUAACUCUGAGUACCUCCUGGUGUGGCCAAAAUAACUAACUAAAUAAAUAAAU